AUGCGGCUCUCCGGGCCGCGUGUCACUCGCCAGGCGCCGAGCGGAGUCGCCCAGGGCACCGGCUCCUCCGCCGCCGCGCCGGUUUAUUCUUUCCACCUCUCCCCUGCAGGGUUCGCCUUCCCAGACUGGGCCUACAAGCCAGAGUCAAGCCCCGGCUCACGCCAGAUCCAGCUGUGGCAUUUCAUCCUGGAGCUUCUGCAAAAAGAAGAAUACCAGAACGUCAUCGCCUGGCAAGGGGACUACGGGGAGUUUGUCAUCAAGGACCCGGACGAGGUGGCCAGGCUGUGGGGAAUCCGUAAAUGCAAGCCCCAUAUGAACUACGACAAGCUGAGCAGGGCCUUGAGGUACUAUUACAACAAACGAAUUUUGCACAAGACCAAGGGCAAACGCUUCACCUACAAGUUCAACUUCAGCAAAGUGGUCCUGGUGAAUUACCCUCUCUUGGACAUGGCUGCCAACUCCCCGUUUCUGCUGGCUCAGAACCCUUUCAAUGGGAGCAACCCUGGGACAGAUUGUGCCCCUCUGACCCCUGAGACCCUGCAAAGUCUCUUCUCCAGCCCCCGUUUGGGGGACCCGGCCACCCGCACCUCACUCUUUGAACGGCAAACUGAGACAGAGAAGCUCAGACUGGAUGCAACCUUCCCUUUUCUGGGGUCAGGUGUUGCUGGCUAUACAAAGCCCCCCAGUUUGCUGACUCCGUAUGGCAGGAACGCUUCCUUCCCAGAUUACCCCUGGAAUUUCAACCCUUACCUGUCCAGCUCUUUCCCCCUGAACAGCUCCAAACUGCCCGCCUCCCUGUACUCCCCCCACUUCUACCCCAACCCCCUGUCUGGAUCAUUAGCCCAGCUUCCAGCACCCAUUUCACUACUGCCGGGAGAUAGCACAGAGCGGGCUGCAGCCCUGGGGGGCAGCUCUGUCCCUCGCCUCUGUCUCCCUCCCCAUGGCAUGACCCUGCCCCUCCGUGGCGCUGGGAAUGCGGCCGUCGAGCGUGAGAAGGAGCUGCUGGGUCCCAGGGCCCAGAGCCCUUCAGGGGGGCGAGGAGCCAAAGAGGACCCUGGCUCCGAUUCAGAGUUGGAGAUCACAGACCUAAGCGAAUGCAGCUCGGAGAACGAAGGCUGCGAUUUCAGCCCCGACAGCUUGGAGGCGAUAGAGAGCCAGGUGCAGAAUUACAAGCGGCUGCAGACAGAGCGGACGGCAGGGGCAACAGCCAGCAAGCCGGAAGGGGUGGCAGAGGCCAGCCUGGGCACUGGCAAGGAAGCGAAGAGUCUGCCAGGCAGCUGA